GUACAGUUCCUCCUAAAUAAUUUCAACCAGUUUGUUUACUAAUAUUAAUUACAAGGUUAAAUUUGGUAAAUUUCCCUAAUUUUGGAUUAAAUGCGUGCAAAAAUUGAAUGAUCACUGUCAGCUGGUUGAAAUACCUCAGUGUACUACUUCGAAACGAUAAUGAGGUAAUUUGGAGUCUUCCAGUCAUGGCUACGAAACAGAAGGGAGCCCCCGAAGACAACUUCAAUAAUGCCAGCGUGGUCUUAACAAGCUUAUGUGCCGGUGCCAUCGCAGGUGCCUUAGCGAAAACUACUAUCGCACCAUUAGAUCGUACAAAGAUUAAUUUUCAAAUUAGACAAGAGCCGUAUUCUGCUAAACGGGCACUUGAAUUCCUAAGACUGACUUUUAGAAAUGAAGGGUUUUUAGCGUUAUGGCGAGGAAACAGUGCAACGAUGGCACGUAUUGUCCCCUAUGCUGCUAUACAAUUUACGGCACAUGAACAGUGGAAGAGGAUUUUACGAGUGGAUGCAACGGGGUAUGUAAGUAGUAAAAGUGCCUUUACUAUAUAACUAAUAAUACUGUUGACACCUUCAUGACGAAAUCAUUGUUAAUUGUUUAUACCUGUAAUCAAUUUCCAUUUGUGAAGCACGUACUUGGGAGAACAUUUUAGCACUAACUUACACAGCAAGCAGUCCAGGCCCAGGUUCGGGUAAUUCAGUCUCGGUAAAAGAGCUAAUUGAAUAUGAAACAGGAUUUGUAUACAAAUCUGUUUGGGAAAUUUGUCCACUAUUUAAUUACAAUACAUAAUGAACACAUUAAUACAUUAUUGUUGGGUAAUUGGUUUGCCUUUCAUUAAGUAGAUAUGUUCAGUGAUGUUGCUAUCAAUAUCUAUUAUCUUUUGAUAGUGUACUCAGUUGAGCCAGUGGUUGUGAUGUUUCCUUUAAAACGCGAGGGGGGGGGUCAUCCCCUGACAAAUUUAUAAAAAUUUGAUACUCAAAACGCAAUUUCGGCGCUUUAAAUUGGUAAAAAAAGUGUUUGUGGAUAACAUACGACCUUCAAUUCGCUUGAUGUAUAAUUAUUAUGUCCAGUGGCGCCUUGGUUGAGAGUAUAUGCUAUAUGCCUAAAAAAUCCUUGAGAGUAUACCCUAUGGGAACACCACUGGAUAUGUUAUACAGGGUGUAGAACUGAUAACCCAAUAUAUGGACGUCAAUAGUAAAAUCAAAAUAUGUUAUUUAUUUCUUCAACUUAGAAAAUGGUUACAACCUUCUUAAGACUAUUAAAAAGUUUUAAUGGCCCAUAAAGUCUCUUAAAAGUUAUUAAGCGCAGAGUAUUUCAUUGUUGGGGUUUAGAGAAAUUGGUGAUUGACACUGACUUGGGGAAGAAAAUUAAUUCUGUUCAAUAAUGAGGCGCAUACAAGAGAUUCAUCAGGUGUUUCCUUGUAAAAGUUACUGUUUUGUUUGCAUUUUUGUUCACGAUAUCAUCUGUCCUUAUUGCUUUAAAGAUGCGCUCACUGUCAGUGGCGACUGAUGAUAACAAUGAUUAAAUGAUAAUAACUAGAGACCGGAUUUCAUGCUUUUACGCAAUCCGUAAAUAUUGUAUGCAGCUCAAAAUAAAACAAUUAUUUACACGAACUAACAAAAAGGAAUCACAUUGGCGCAAAGAAAACAGUGCAUAUUUUGCAUUUUUGGGAUUUUUGUGCAUAUUUAAGAAAGAUUAGCAUUUUAUUA